AUGAAGCUAAAUGAACACAUAGCAAUCUCCACCCCCACCCUCCUCCUCGUCCCCUACGAAUCCCACCACGUCCCAACCUACCACCAAUGGAUGCAAGACCCGGAAAUCCAACUCGCCACCGCCAGCGAACCUUUAUCCCUAGAAGAAGAAUACUCCAACCAACUCUCCUGGCGAACAUCAACCGACAAACUCACCUUCAUCAUCUGCUCCCCCUUGGUCCCCUCCCCCUCCCAUCCCAACACGAUCCCUAAUGACGCCGACACUCCCCCCAAAAUGCUCGGCGACGUCAACCUGUUUUUAUACCCCUCCGAAGAAGAGUACACCUCCUCACCCGCACCAGCAAUACCGAAAGAGGUGGUAGGGGAGGUGGACAUCAUGAUCGCGGACGCGAAAAAUAGGGGGAAGGGGUUGGGGGAACGGGUGGUGAGGGCUUUUGUUGAUUGGAUUUGGGAACAUAGGGGGGAGGUGAUGAGGGAGUAUGUUAGUGACAAGGUUGAGGAGGGACAGGAAGGGGUGGAGGUGCCGAGGUUGGGGAUGCUGAUGGUUAAGAUUGGGGAGGGGAAUGAGAGCAGUAUAAAGCUGUUUAGGGAUAAGCUUGGGUGGGUGCAGGAGGGGGGGAGGGAUUAUUUUGGGGAGGAAGGGGGGGGACGGGGAGGCUUGAGAGGGGUGGUGAGAGAGAGGGUCAUGGGGUUGGGGAGAAAGUUUAUGCUGGCAGCUGACUUGGUUUAUACUUUUUGGCAACUGGCAUUUUUUUUUUGGCGAUAUUGA